AUGAAAACUUACAACAAGCGGAGGUCGGCGCAAACGCAGGCGCACGCUAAAAUGCAACGUUCUAUCAGCAAUGUCUUCGCAGCAAUAUUAUUCAUAUUGUUCACCAUGGCAUUUUAUCUAACCAUAUCUUUUACUCCUCUAACAAAAGAAGAGCAUAUUGAGCGAUAUGAGAAAAUGACGGACGAUGUGGAACCAUUCAGAAGGAAUUUAACUGAAUGCGCGCGCCAAGUCAAAGCCGAGAUGGUUGAUGUUGAAAAAUUUUUGAAGAGGAUACCGCAGUCUUCGAUGCAAGGGAAAUGCUUCGUCGCAUGCAUUUUGAAGCGAAAUGCUAUCAUAAAGAAUAACAAGAUAGAUAAAGGACGCUUAUUGGAGUUGAACAGAGAAGUUUAUGGUGAAGAUAGCGAGGUGAUGGCGAGGCUGAAGGCCGCAAUAGCGGAGUGUUCAAAAGCGGUUGAAAAUGAGGGGCUUUUCGAAGUGUGUGAAUACGCUUCGGUGUUCAACGACUGCAUGCAUAUGAAGAUGGAGCAUAUCUUGGAUCAGGUUAUGAUGGAACGGCGCUUGGAGGCAAUGUCCAAAGUGGCUACGGACCCUGAGCAGUGGAGCGACGAUGAAGACGAAAUGUUGAAACUUGUGCGAGAUGAACUUUGA